AUUUAUCUUUUGUUGUCUUGGAAACAGGAGAAUUAUAGAAGCGUCUAGAAUGCCAAGUUGCCAACUGUCCCAGUGACCAAAUCACCGCUUAUUUGUUACGAGCAUCUCCCUUCCACUCUUUCAUCCUUCUGCUAUCUGAGAAAGCGCCGAUCAGGCUUCAUUUUGUCAUACGGUUUUUACUGUCAGAUUCGUCUAAAUGUCUCGUGGCAAUCAGAGGGAAACCGAUCGUCAAAGAGCUGCCGCUCGGAACAGCAAAAAGAGCGGCAAAACUAAAGAUGACGGAUUGACACCUGAACAGCGCCGCGAAAGGGAUGCGAAGGCGCUUCAAGAGAAGGCAACCAAGAAGGCAGCACAGGCGGCAGGAGGUGGAAACAUUGGAGGAGAGCAAAUUCUUUAUCAUCAACAGUCCAGCAAGGUCACGGUGAGGGAAAGUGACAGACAAUCUAUAUCUGUAUCGCUUUGAUAUAUACUCCUUCGGUCCUAUUGAAUUUACAUAUUUUUUUAUUUUAGUCCGUCCCACUUAAUUUGCAUUGUUUUUAUUUUAGGAUAAUGGCUGUUCACUUUUUUUUAAUUUCAGUCAUAUAUUUUGAUUUUCUUUUAAUUUUAUCUGUAUAAUUCAUUCUCUCUCUUUAUUUAUUAUUACUUUUUUAAAACAAAUCUACUUCUUUGAUGCAAUUCAAA